AUGCCCGAUACAUCCAGCUUCUCCGGACACACACACGACACCCGCACUGCCCGCGCUGCUACCAGCACCACCUCCAUCACCGGCACCGGCACCGUCGUCAAGACCGUACCCGUCAACCUCUCUCGUGGAACGCUAGACGACGCCGUGAGCUGCAUAAUCAACGAUGACCCUUCGUUUAUCGAGAACCAGAUUGUUGCGAAGACUGGAGAUGAUGGGACGGGGCGGGGGAGUAUCGCGUAUCAAGCUCGGGAAGAAGAAGGAUGA